UCCUACCGAGAGAUGGUGAAGAACAGCUCCAAUGACGAGAACAUCGCUGCCAAGCAGAUUGAGAAGGACCUGCUGCGCACCAUGCCUGCCAACGCCUGUUUCGCCAACGCCGGCAGCAGUGGGGUGCCACGCCUGCGCAGGAUCCUCCGCGCCUUGGCCUGGCUCUACCCCGAGAUCGGCUACUGCCAGGGCACGGGCAUGGUGGCCGCCUGCCUCCUCCUGUUCCUGGAGGAGGAGGCAGCCUUCUGGAUGAUGUGCGCCAUUGUCGAGGACCUACUGCCCGCCUCCUACUUCAGCACCACCCUGCUGGGCGUGCAGACGGACCAGCGCGUGCUGCGCCACCUCAUCGUCCAGUACCUGCCCCGGCUGGACAAGCUGCUCCGGGAGCACGACAUCGAGCUGUCCCUGAUCACGCUGCACUGGUUCCUGACGGCCUUUGCCAGCGUGGUGCGCCUGCGGCUGCUGCUGCGCAUCUGGGACGUGUUCUUCUACGAAGGCUCCCGAGUGCUCUUCCAGAUCACCCUCGGCAUGCUGCACCUCAAGGAGGAGGAGCUGAUCCAGUCUGAGAACUCAGCCUCCAUCUUCAACACGCUGUCGGACAUUCCAUCGCAGAUGGACGAUGCGGAGCUGCUGCUGGGAGCAGCCAUGAGGCUGGCCGGCUCCCUCACUGAUGUGACUGUAGAGACCCAGCGUCGCAAGCACUUGGCCUACCUCAUCGCUGACCAGGGCCAGCUCCUGGGAACCAGCGCCUCCUCCAACCUCUCUCAGGUGGUUCGUCGCAGGGCCCAGCGCAGGAAGUCAGGCAUCAGCUCCCUGCUCUUUGGGGAGGAUGACCUGGAGGCUCUGAAGGCCAAGAACAUCAAGCAGACGGAGCUGGUGGCCGACCUGCGGGAAGCCAUUGUGCGUGUGGCCCGCCACUUCCAAAGCACAGACCCCAAAAACACUAGUGUGGAGCUGACCCCGGAUUAUAGCAUGGAGAGCCACCAGCGGGACCACGAGAACUACGUGGCCUGCUCCCGCAGCCACCGGCGCCGCGCCAAGGCCCUGCUGGACUUUGAGCGGCAUGACGACGACGAGCUAGGUUUCCGCAAGAAUGACAUCAUCACGAUCGUCUCCCAGAAAGACGAGCACUGCUGGGUCGGGGAGCUGAAUGGCCUUCGGGGCUGGUUUCCGGCCAAGUUUGUGGAAGUCCUGGAUGAGCGGAGCAAAGAGUACUCCAUUGCGGGGGACGACUCGGUGACCGAGGGCGUCACAGACCUCGUGCGUGGGACCCUCUGCCCAGCCCUCAAGGCCCUGUUUGAACAUGGGCUGAAGAAGCCCUCCCUGCUGGGGGGUGCCUGCCACCCCUGGCUCUUUAUUGAGGAGGCAGCGGGCCGGGAGGUGGAGAGGGACUUCGACUCGGUGUACUCCCGCCUGGUGCUCUGUAAGACCUACAGGUUGGACGAAGAUGGCAAAGUCCUAACCCCUGAGGAGCUGCUCUACCGGGCGGUGCAGUCAGUGAAUGUGACCCAUGACGCAGCACACGCCCAGAUGGACGUGAAGCUCCGCUCCCUCAUCUGCGUGGGGCUCAAUGAGCAGGUGCUGCACCUGUGGCUAGAGGUACUCUGCUCCAGCCUGGCCACGGUGGAGAAGUGGUACCAGCCCUGGUCCUUCCUGCGAAGCCCUGGCUGGGUCCAGAUCAAGUGUGAGCUCCGCGUCCUCUGCUGCUUUGCCUUCAGCCUCUCCCAGGACUGGGAACUUCCUGUGAAGAGAGAGGAGGAGCAGCAGCCCCUGAAGGAGGGCGUUCAGGACAUGCUGGUGAAGCACCAUCUUUUCAGCUGGGACAUAGACGGGUGACGGGCUACCACUGGGCAGGAAGAGUGACCCCAGCUAGUUGCAGGCUGGCUUUGGGGCAGGGGCUGGGAGGAGGGGUCCUGGGCUAGACCUGUCCCUCUGCCAGGGGGGCUCUUCCAGGGUCCGUGAGAAUGGAAACCAACCAAAAAGCUGUGAGGGGUGACAGCACCCGCUGUUUGGUUUUUGCUCAGGAAGGGGGUGGGAUGCAAGGCCCUAGGCCUGUAAAUAAACUGUCUUAACAGAAAGGACGUCCUGGCUAGUGUUGGGCCAGGUGUUCCCUAUCCCAGCAGGACUUUGCAGGAAGGGCUUGGGGCCCGGCCUAUACACAGGUUGAGGAUGGACCAAAAACAGCCAGUAUAUAUUUUAUUUUAAAAAGUUCACACAGCUCCCCACCUGUGCCCUAGCACUUAUUAUUGACUCCACCCCAAGCCCCUUGAGUGACAGAUCAGACAGGCAGGGGUGGCUGGAAAUUGGGAAAGGUGUGGCAGGGCAUCUACAUGUCAAACACGUGAGAGGUAAGGCCAUGUCCAUGUGUGCCACAAUUCGAGCGGCCCCUGCGCCCACCCAGCGAUGUAUGUGAAUAUAGAGGUGUCAGAGGCGCCGUGGUUAAAGCGCUUGGCUGUUAACUGGGAGGGCAGGGAAACGUGGCAGUCGCUUCCAUCAAGAUCUCCGACCCCUGCAGGCAGUUCUACUCUGUCGUAGAGGGCUGCUGUGAGCUGGAGUCAAGCUGCUGGCGUGUGGGUGGCUAUGCGAGCUAUAUACACCUGUACAGGAAACGUGCCACUGACCUACGUGGCUUCACUGUCCGAGACACGAGCAUGGCAGGGAGCCCCUCAGGGCAGCCAGCGGGCACUGAGGUUGGCUGACAGGAGGCCCAGCAUAGUUUCUACUUGGGGCAGGGGGAAGGAUUAGCCUCUGCACAAUGGCACCUCAGAAGAGGUAGCCGACAGACAUGCCCACUCCGAGCUGCGCCACCUCUGGACACUCUGUUCAGUCUCCUGAAGAGGCAGCAGGCCUGUGGCUCCCAGCGGCAGAGGGAAUCAGGCUUGGGGGUGCCCGGCUCUGUUUGGGGGGCAGAAACUACAAGCAGGAAUCCCAGUGGAGCUGUAGAUCGUGGCCAUCGAGGAAGUCUGUGGAGAAGAGGCUGGGGGCUGUUGUGCUGAGGGGAGCCAGGCUCAGCACCGGGCCGCCUGACAGCUCCAGCCAGUCCAUGCCGUCCAGGGGCCCGUCGGUCAGGUCCAGGCCCACAGGGCCACUGGGCUCAGGCACAAAGUGCAAUUCGGAGGUGUCCAUGGGCGAGGGCGGGUGGUCCAGGAUGGCGGAGCUGCUCAGCAUCUGGCUGUGGAGGUCAUCAAUGAGGGAGAGGGGCUCCGGGCCUUCAUGCCCGCCUGUCAGCAGGGGCAGCCCCGUGCUGCUCUCCAAGAAGUCCUCCAGCCGCCCAGGGAGGGCAGGUGAGCCCGACGGAGGGGGCGCUGCAGACGGAAGCUCGGUGCAGGGCGGGGUGGGUGCAGUGGGCUUCUCCUCAGGCAGAAGUGCUGCUGGCUCCUUGAAGUCGGCUGGGAUCUCUGUCAAUCCGGGAAGCAGAGAGUUGGUCAACUGGGACUGCCCACUGGGGGGGCCCCUCCCCUGUGGGCGCUGGACCAGCCUCAGCACUGCCGCUUGGUUCAAGACUGGGCAAUAAAGCGAGCACAUGGGUGCUGGGAUGGCAGUG